AUGGUCUCUUUCCUAGGAAAGGUAAGCGAGAAAGCCCGCUUGAUCGAACGCGAUCUUCGAGCUGCUGCCACCAAACCACCGACCGACAACACCGAAGCACCCCCUGCCUACAGUGCCGAGCCCAGAAACGAUGCUACCCCCUCUGCUAUCGCCGUGGACCUGGCACCGGCUCUUGGUGAACUCAAUCUGAGCGGUGCCGCUGCUGAGAAACUCACGUCUGAUGCCUGUCUCGCGCAUCUGCGCCUACUGUUUGCGUUCCAGGUGCUCAAGAACGAGGUGGGCUACACAGACGGCCUGUGGGAGAUCUGGGACGAGCGAGCCAAGGGAAGUGCGCAGGUUCUGGCUGCGCUACGAGAGAAACGAUGGGCCCUGUAUGUUGCCCGGGCUGUUGACCGAUAUGGGGCGUGGUGGCAGAGUUUUGUGCCGGACAUGCUUCUCGAAGCGGAUCUCGAUUGUCUCCGUUAUGGACACGACUCCAUUUGGGCAGGCGGCAUGCCUUGGGAUGUAGUCAACAAGGCUAUCGACAGCCAGUUCAACUGGACCUCCACCGGAGAUCGGCUUGCAAAUUGGACCGCACGAACAGAUGCCGCCUGGAAGAACCAGGAUGAUACCGACAUCAAGGAGCUGCGAUGCCCUGCUUGCCCUGCUAUAGUUCAGGUCCCUUGGACAACAUGUGGUCUUCCUAACGGUUACAGCGGCACCAGCCGCCCCGGAAUUGCAGGCAGCGGCUACGGCGACGGACAGCUGGAAAUUAGGUGCAACGGUUGCAAUUUCAUUGUCACGCACGACAGCCUUCGCGUCACCAAGCUGCUUAAAGACAUUCAAAACGCGACCAAAAGCGGCUCAGCAAUGCCGGGAACUAUUCUUGAUCUGAAGACGGGAGUCCCUGCUAUGAUUAAGAACGACGAGAAAGACGAGCACGAUCAACUAUUUCCGUCUCGACUGGCUUGUCGUGGCCUUCUCAUCGAAGUUCUCGGCAUGAUGGACCCUAAGAAUGAUAAGAUACCCACCAUGCUCGCCGUAAAGGAUAUCGUCGAAACUUAUACCGGUAAAUUCGCCGACUCGUCAAAACUCAAGCAUUUGAACUGGCUUCAUCUGCCGACGGUAGAGCAAAGCAUGCUGAAGAAUGUGACCAAGUACGAACGCUUCUUCGAAAUCAUGGCCGCGAACCCAGGCGAGGCGGCUGUUCCUACGUUGGAUGUUGACCUCGCGUGGCACACCCACCAGCUCAGUCCGAAAGCGUACUACGAGUACUCAGUAUCGAUGACUCGAAACUUUGUGGACCAUAACGACAAGGUUGAUGAAGAGAAGCUCGGUGUAUCUUUUGAGUGGACGUCCAAAACGUACGAGAAGAAGUACAAUGAGGUGUACGCGGAGUGCCGUUGCUGGUAUUGCGAGACCGUGCGCAUGCAAUCCAUCCCAAGAAUUACCAAGAUGUUUGCUAGUUCGAAGGAAGAGAAGUUUUUGGAGUCGUACCACGCAUCUGGCAACUCCUCAAAGCACCCCUUGCCGCCGAGCACUCCGUCAGCGCACAUCUCCACCCACAAUGCCGUCCACACUGUCGAGACCAAGUCCCGCAGUGCCACGACGCGCAUGCAGCGCAUGCUCUUCCGCAACGGCAUCGAUGAGUAUGAGGUCAAGGCCCGCAAGAAGGCCACAAAACCUCUCCCCACAGGAGAGCCACGCAUGGGGCAACGUGAGGACACGGCUCUGAAGUGGGGGGUGAGGGUGCCGCUUGCGGGUCCCUGGGUCAGUAUUGCCGCUGCGACGACGACGGCAGCCAUGUACGCGACGCCGCCAGGAGAAGUAUACACUGGGCCCGGGUCAGUGGGGAGCUGCGCGUCGGGGACGUGCGGCGGUCACAGCGGGUGCGGGAGCGAGACGCUGGGCAUGUGCUCCGCGGGAUGUGUCGGGUCUGGCUGGUUUGGCGGCGGUGCAGGAUGCACAGGGUUUGGGGGUGGCAUCUAG